AUGUCAAAACAAUCUGCUUCUGGCCUCUGUGGAAUUUGUAAUUUUGUAAAAGUUAAUAAUUUUUAUGUUUUGUAAGCCUUAUUAAAUGAUAGUUCCCCAGAUUCAAAUUGUUUAAGCAAAAUAUAGCAAUAAGCAGUAUAUUCCUGACUUCAUAAAAUAACAGUUCGUAAGAAUGAGUAUUUUGAAAAUGUUUCCUACAAAUACGAUUAUUUCAACAUUUCUUCGGUCUCGUUGUCCUAGCUGUUUCAGAUAUCAAAACUAUGCAACACGUAAAAGAUUUUACCGCAGUACAAGCAUUGUGCAAAAUGAAAAUAAAUGGGAAGUUACAUUAGACCACCGACGUUUGAAAACACCCAAUGGGCGUGUAUUUGUCGUCCAAAGUGAGCCUUUGGCACGGGCUAUAGCAGCUGAAUGGGACUCACAAACAGAAGUUAUUGCUCAGCCAACUAUGCAUUUGACUGCUUUAUGCAAUACAGCAUUGGACAAUCCAGGAAAGAUUACUUCUCACGACAUAGCCAGUUAUUUGCUAGAUUGUUAUCCCACGGACACUCUUCUUUUUCAUUCUGAUGAAGAAGAAGAAUUGAAAAAUCUACAACUUAAAAAGUGGGUUCCAGUAUUGGAGUGGUUCCAAGAAAGAUAUAAUAUCAAGCAAGAAUUAUCACAUGGCCUGGAGCCACCUCCAGUUACAACUGAAACUAGAGCUGUUUUAGCAAGACAUUUUCUAUCUUAUGACUUCCCAGCACUUACUGCUUUUAGUUUUGGAGUUGAUGCUCUGAAGUCGCCUAUUUUGAUGCUAGCAUGUGUUGAUAAUUAUUUGGAACCGACAGAAGCUGUCCUACUUGCACGUCUUGAAGAAGAAUAUCAGUUGGCGCGAUGGGGUCGAGUUCCGUGGGCGCAUGAAUUAAACCAAGCAGAGCUAACGGCGCGAGUGGCUGCGUCCCUGCUCAUUAUUCAAUGCUCCACUGAGUCGCAUUCGGCACGAGCUAAGACGCCACAGAGCGAACAAACCACUCAAUAAACUACAAUUAUUCUGGU